ACGUGUCUGACGGACAACCUUCGACUUAUUUCGAAUUCAAUCACCAAUCUUUCGGCUUACCUCCUCGAUGAGAUUCUUACAAAGAAGAUCGACCGAUCUUAUAUUUUCUCGAUUACACAGCCGCACAUCGCAAACAUUAACAAUAAAUUUUACGUAAAUCUUUUCACAAACGCAACUUACAAACGGCACACACAACAUUACGUGGCAGAGUGAGCGACUGAAGCGACGUACUCUUCGACGUGGUAAGUAUACGAACUAAUAAGGGCGACGAAUGAGGACGUCACUGACGUGAAAAUCGAGGGUGUGUUCGAUUACUGUGCUUCUUCGAUCAAUUUAAAUAAUGUGCUACAUUUAAAUAAUGCAAUACUAAAAAAAAAAAUAAUAAUAAUAAUAAAAAAGAAAAAUAAAAAUGAAAUCAAUAUAAAUAAUUUAAAAAAUUACAUUAGUUUAUUAUACUUUAUUUGAUUUUAUCGAGCUGAAUAAAUUACAAAUUAGUAUAACCUUACUAUUGGCAUAAAUGAUGAAUACGUGUGUUUAUUCAAAUUGAUAAGAUAUCGUAUAUCUAUCAUUUUUCAUUUUGAAAUGUUAACUUUUUCUUCACAGUUGUAUUUUAAAUGUACUUGUCAAGGAAAUAAUAUAACCUCGCUAUUAAUAAAUUCUGUUGGAUAAAUUUUAAAUUCCGCUUUCUAAACGACGUCAUCCAGAACGGAAAUUUUUUUAAUUUGUAUUUUCACUUGCUACAUCAAAGUCAAUUCGAUUAUCAAGUAACUUAUAUUGUUUAUGUACAUGUGUGUGUAUGUUUAUAUGUAUAUAUAUAUAUAUAUAUAUACACAAAUAUAAACAUAUAUAUGAUAUAUAAACAUAUAUAUAUGUAUGUGUAUUGUAUCUACGUCACUGCAUUCGAUGUAUCGUAACCAUGACUACGGGAUAGAUGAAAAAGAGACAUCACGUAUAAAAUGUAGAUGUAGUCGUAUGUAAAAUAUACGUACACAAUCAGUAUUACGACAUUUUGCAUAAAACAGUUGUUAAUAUCAAGCAUAAUAAUAUCUGUCAAAGUUUUCACCAGAUUUUUGAGAGUACGACACUGUAGCCACCUUUUAAACGGAAAUAAUACGAAUAAACUUACGCAAUUACCAAUCGUGGUCUUUGACCCUGAAUCUAACCUGUGCACGUGUUGCGUCGUGUGAUAAAAACACGAUUUUGGCAUGAAACUAUCUUCCUUUAUCGAUUGCCAAGAAUCGAAUUGUGACACUGCUAAAAAUUGAUUGAUGAAAAUCCAAAAUAAUUCUAACCGCGAAUAUCGAAAUAUAUUAAUGAAAGAAUAAAAUUAUUAAAACGACAAAUAUGGAGAACAACGAGGAUAAGAUAUUAGAUGAGGAACAAUGGAAGCUGGAAGCACAAGCUGUCAUCAAUGAUAUCAAGAAUCACGUGAACGACGUAAAAUUAUCCGACAGAUUGUGCAGUACGAAUCGAGUUAUCUAUCUCAAUUUAACAACAUUGGAGAAUUCAAAAUUUUGCAUUGAAUUAUCCAGUGCAGGUUUUACAAUUGUUGGAAACGAACACGACGACACUUCCAAUAAGGGAAAUGAAUAUUUUGAAACGCCAUACAGUUUAUUGAAUUUCACAAGUCCACAAUAUAGAGAUUCAUUCGGCAAUUUGUUGUUAGAAAAAUUAAACAAAUUGAAUCAAGAAUAAAAUGAACGAUAUUUUUGAAAAAAUAUAUAUAUUUAUCUAUAUUAUAUAGUUCUGUUUGAUUUUAUCUUCUAAUAAUCUAUGGUUUUUUUUUCUUUUUCUUUUUUUUUUUUUUUUUUUUUCCCCAGUAAAAUAAGACAAUUAUAUAGGAAAAUAAUGUUACGUGACGUGAUCAGAAACGCUACUUCUAGAAAACGAAGCAUACGGAAUCUAAAAAAAAAAAAAAAGAAAAAAAAUGGCGUUUGUCCUCGAAAAUCGACAAAGUUCGUGCGACGUACAAGGACAGUACCGUAAUUAUUACGUUAAUUAUACAAUACAAUUUCCAUUGAAAUGAUAUAUCUUGUAAAACAAAACACUGGUAUCUUUGUCAGUUGUGUGUCAUAAAGAUAAUAUUCCAUGAAUUCUAACGAACAUGUAAAUAAGUUUUAUUCUGGUAUUUGUGAAACCAUAAUUUUCUUUUUUCCUUUUUUUUUUUUUUUUUCUAUACUAUAUUCUUACAUAUCACAUUCAAUGAUCAUAAUUUUGUAAAUAUUAAUACGUAGUAAUCUUUAAAGAUGAAGGACAUGAUCAUCCUUUGUAAAAAAUAAUCCUUUUCGAAAUUAAUUUUUAUUAAAAAUAUUUUUAACGAUAAAAUAUGUAUAUCCUCUUGUCCUCCUUGCCGAAGAGCAAGGUUUUUUUUUUUAUGAAAAGGAAAAAAAGAAAAAAGAAGAAAGAAAGGAAAAGAAAAGAAAAAAUUAUAAAAUUUUAAAUAAUGAUUAUAAAUAAUUUGUAAUAAUAGAGGUAACGAAGAAUAGAACAAAGUACAUACAACACUGACGUAUUCUGCGGUAAACGCAUAACUUCGCGUGUCCCUAGUAACAGCAGCCAUUAUCCCUAGAACUCAACGGAUUCAUCGACGCGUCCUCCCUACGUGCAAAGCCCAUCAUCUAUCUUCCUCUUCUACCCCCUGCACUUGUCAUUCUGUGGUUCGACGUAUUACACCGCGAAAUGAGACACUUUCGAAGAACCUGACAUACUGCGUGUUGUAUAUAAUUUGUGUCUCUAUGUGAUUGUGUUAGUAUUGUGUUACGUACACACGCGCAGAACAAUCAUACGCGCCGUGUUACUGCGUGCACCCGAAAGAUUCUGAAUGAGUUUUAGUAGCGUCGAUAUCAUAUACGAUCGAACGACGUCGCUCAAACCUCCUGACGAUAUCGUUAACGUCGUCGCAUAGAAGAAGUGACGAAUCGCGACAAUGACACACCCGUGGAAAGUUAUUACGAAUACAACAACGAUUCUUUGACUAUUAAUCUAGUGAAGAAGGAAAGAAGAUAUAGGGAGAAAACGGAAAGACAUAAAGAAAACGGAGCAAAAAAAAUAUAGAAAGGAACGAUAAAGAAUAUUAUUCGUCAAAUAAAACUAAUAUUAAUGAUAUUUUCUGUGUGACAUUAUAACGAAUUAAAUGAGAACAUGCUACAACCACGAACGUGCAUUAUAAAAUAGAAGAAG